GGCUUGAAUCCGAUUUCCGUAGUGCAAUACGAUUGCAUAUAUUCACCUGCGUUGCAUUGCGUUGCGUGGUCGGUGACGUUGUCGUGAGCGGAUGGAAGCACAGUGAAAUGGUACCUCUCGGAAGCAUUGCGCGUCGCAUUCAGCCAUGACUGAAAACAGUAGUGAUGGUUUUGUUCGCCCUUUGUGGCUCACUGAUCCGCGGAUGGAAGGCCAAGAAGCGUUUUUCGAAGGCGUUCCAAUGGUCGAACUUGAAGUAAAAACGAUGACGGCGCCUGAACAAAAUCGUCCAAGCGUUAGAUCGUUAUCACAUAAAGUUAACGAGCCGAAAGAAACAAAUGGCUUUAUGGUUAACCAUGAAAGUAAAUUGGAAGAAUCGUUGUUAAGGGCAGUUCAAGAGGAAAACCUCGAGGUUGUCGAGGUUCUUAUCGAUCACUAUCUGCAGUUGUUUAAUUUGGAAGAAUUAUACGAUAAUUCCGUGUCCUCUGAAGCGACGCAAACCAGAAAAACGCCGGUUAAUUUUCUGCCGCUUGUGGUCGCCGCGCACUUAGGGAACUAUAAUGUUUUGAAAUUGUUUAUUUCUAAAGGUUUUAAUUUGGAAAAACCUCACGAUAUACUCUGCGAGUGUGACCGCUGCCAAGAAGAUUAUUUCAGGCAGUCACAAAAAAGACUGGACAUUUAUAGAGCUAUGGCGAAUCCAAUGUGGAUCUCUUUAACAGGAACAGAUCCAUUUCUGACCGCUUUCAAACUCAGUAAGGAUUUAAAAUCAUCCGCCAAGCAAGAAGAUGAAUUUGAAAAAGAUUAUCUGGCUCUGUCGCUUCAAUGUGGCCAAUUUGCUUUGGGACUUUUGGACGAAUGUAAAACCUCUAAGGAACAGACCACCGUUUUAAAUUUCCCCGGAAGCGAGGCCUCGAAAGGAGAGUUCAGCGAAGAAUCGUUGGGUUUAGUACAUAGCGCUAUUGCAUACGGUCAAAAAGAGUUCGUAGCACAUCCAUUCUGUCAGCAUCUUGUCAUGAGCUGCGUCUUCAGAGGUGUUCCAUGGCGGACUCAGAGCAUCGCUUUUAGAAUACUUUACGUUCUAUUCCAAGUGCUGAUCUAUCCAAUGAUGGCUUUUAUGUAUUUCUUCUUUCCCUUCUUACGAAUAAGCCGUAAAAUCAAAAGACCCUUUAUUAAGUUCGUCAACCACACUACAUCUUUUGUGAUAUUUCUCUCUCUUCUUGCGGCAUCUUCUCACGAACAAUUUAAUAUACGCUUCGGUAAAGUACCAUCACUACUGGAGUGGAUCAUCCUCAUGUGGAUUCUCGGAAUAGCUUGGGGAGAGUGUAAACAAGUGUGGCACGAUGGCGUCUUAAGAUACCUGUCCAGUGGAUGGAACUGGAUGGACAUUGGAAUGAUUGUUUUAAUUCUCGGAGCCUACAUAGGAUGGUUUGUGCGAGCGAUUAUUGGUCGUUACACCAUCUUGGACGACACAGCAGACCACUUCCUUUUGAGUGGAGCGGACGGCUUAUACGCUCUUGGUGUGAUUGCUAGCUUUUUUCGCUUGGUAUACCUGUGUCAAAUCAGCCGGUACCUCGGACUUCUUCAACUUAGCCUUAGUCGCAUGGUGCGAGUGAUAUUUCAAUUUGCAUUCAUCAGUGUAGUAAUGUUGAUAUCGUUUUCUGUCAGCAUGACUAUGUUGUACUCGUCUUCAUUUGAAGCGUACGGCCAGGAGAGGCCUGAAAGAAAUACCACAGAUGUCAUACAAAGUCUGAUAAGCAAAGGAUAUCACAGUCUGAUGACAACUAUGGUGACAAUGAUGUGGGCGAGUCUAGAUAUGGUAACACUUGAUAGUCUUCAGGUGUUCAAAGAUCAAAGUUUGAUUCAGAUUUGGAGCGCCUUUUUAUUCACGCUCUAUCAUGCAGCAUCGCUCAUUGUUCUUUUAAACAUGUUGAUUGCAAUGAUGAGCAACUCAUAUCAACGAGUGGAGGACAACAUUGAGACAGAAUAUAAGUUUGCUCGCGCCCAACUAUGGGCUGAUUACAUCGGAGAUGGAGUUGCUACUCUCCCUCCCCCUCUUAAUCUCAUACCUUCUCCGAAGAGUAUUGUGCGUUGGGCUUGUAAACUAACAAACAGAUGCUUUGGAGUUCCUAAGAGAUUGCCUUGUUGCACCAACGAACAAUUUCGUGUUUACCAUGAAAGCAACAUGGAUAUUGAACAGAAGAAACAAAACUAUCAGAAUGUUGUCCGAGAGCUUAUCAGACGUUAUUGGGCCCGGCGAAGACGUCAGAAAACCACCACAGAGAAUGCCAUUCCCGAUCACCUGGCUGCCAUGGCAACAGUUAGGGACCAAGUUUCCGACAUGUUGAGCGAAAUAAGGAAUAUCCUAAAAACAAAUAAACAAAGGAAAGAUCGAGAUCGACAUCAGUUGUCAGACGAGGGUCAUUUACAGACGGGAGAGUCCUCCGCGGCCAAUGGAAAUCAUAAUCACGUACAGCUUUAAUCAUGAUCACUGAUAAAGAGACAUUUGGUUAUAUUUCUAAAAUACAUCCAGCUACUGAAAAUUACAACUUACGGUGAAAUUCUUUGAUGAACGAAACUGUGAACUGAAAUAUUGAAUGAAAUAUUACAUGAAGUUGGUGCGUGAAGGCAACAAGAAAUUCUGUGGGUGGCAAAAUAUCUGUUCACUCCUUGUGUGGAAUUAUUCUCUGGCGCGCUAUCGCAAAGUGUUUCUCUCUCUCUAGCUUCUGUGAGCAUGCCUUAAUCAUUAGCGCUUCAGCACCAGCAUUUCUUCAAAAAUAUGAGGUCUUGAGCAACGUGGAAGGUCUGUAAGGGAUCUAGCACUGAUGGCAGAUUCUUAGGCAACCUUUUCCCAACUCCUACGAUCCAUCUCAGAACUUCCCGCGGGUGGACAAACGCGCGUCUUGCAGUUCUAUUUAAGAAGGCCUGUUGGCGAGCUCGUUUUUUCUCCGUUUGAAAUUUCACGCAACGGGACGGGAAAGGUUGCCUGACAUCCCGGGGAGAUUCGUGUAAUGAGAUCCUGAUUGUGCUUACCAUCUUUUUUUUUCAAGUUUCUUCAGCUAAUCUAAUAUUAAAAAACUGGAGAAAUGGCAAAGUAUGGAUAAUGAUACCGAUUAAGUAAAAAUUAAGGAUAUUUCAAAAAGCUUGCCCGAUAGUUUUAAAUUGAAGAUCUGCAUUAAGCCAGGAAUUCAGCUGACAAAUAGUAAUUUCUCCAAAGCGCAGUUCAAUUUUGUAGUUGUUCGUAGUUUGGAAGUAAGGUCAAUGUUAUAGCAUAUUUUUGUAGGUAAUGUAGCGUUUUGAAACUUUGCAUUGUAGAAAUUGUUUGAAAAUAGAGACGGAAUGGUUAGCUAACCUUGUUACUGUGUAACUUUUUGAUAAGAAAGAUGUCCACGCUGACAUUUUUCUUUUGUACAUGAAUACACUCAUUCUCAUAGCAAAAUAAUAAUUAUAUUUGUCUUUUAUUGACGCACGUAAGUUAAA